GACCGUUUGAGUGGCAGCGGAAUAGCUGGCCGCCUCAAUAAAACCGCAAUUUUUUAAUUUUUACAAACCCUUGAAAAUUACGUCAAAUUAGACGCCGACGCGUGGUAUUGUAGAAGUAUCUACUACGAAAAUGUUGCGAUACCACUACAAUUAUGCUAAAAAUCAGAGAUUUCCGGAAGCCCUGAGGAUUCAAAAGCUUUUGAACAUUUUCAUUGCAGCAAAAUCUCUAGUGGGGUAGAUUCUGUGAGCCUAUUUUCAGUGUUUGAGCCGUGGAAGCAUCCAGAGCCUGAGAGACAGGUAACUUUCAAAGAAUAAACUCAUAUUACGGGUGAUCUGGUCUAUCUGAAGACGGGAACGGGGAAUGCAGAAAGAUGUGCUUGCACGCUGACAUAUAUCAGAGGGCCAAUGUGGUUACUUUGGAAGAAGUGCUAUUGAUGCACGAUUGUGCAAGGCAACAAUUUUGGCAUGGAAUGAAUGAUUACGGCAAAAGGAUCCUCGAAUGGAGCCAUAAUCCGUCAGGAGACGGUUGAGAUUUUUGGAUUGUAUAUUACUUAGUUUAGGGUUUUCUUUUCUGUUCUUUGCUGAAUUGUUGAGUGAUUUUGGCCUAGAAGAGCAUAGAAAUAUUCUUUAGUUGCUUCGUGUUUUGCGUGUUUAUAAGUGAGCCAAUCCCCAAUUGGAUAGGGCCAUACCAUUCUAUCGGGUAUUACUGAUACCCAAUUGAUUAGGCCGACAUCCAAUUGGGUAGUAUAAAUCUUCUUGGCGAGUAAACUUUUUUGGGCAGAGGUGAGACAAUUGGGCUUUGAUCAUCUGUAACAGUAUGCUGUGUUUUCUGUGCAAUUGGAUAUAAUCCCUCAAGUCAUCUUUAAAGCCUAUAUCCUUCAAAAUUAAGUUCAUGGCAAAAAUGCAGAUGAAUGGAACUCGCAUGUUGAUGGGCAAGUAUGAAUUAGGCAAACUGUUGGGACAGGGUACGUUUGGGAAGGUCUAUUAUGCAAAAAAUACAAAGACAGGUCAAGUUGUGGCAAUCAAGGCCAUUGACAAAGAGAAAGUUCUUAAAGUGGGCAUGACAGAGCAAAUCAAAAGAGAAAUCUCUGUGAUGAGACUGGUCAGGCAUCCCAACAUUGUACAGCUAUUUGAAGUCAUGGCAAGCAAAACCAAAAUCUAUUUUGUAAUGGAAUGUGUUAAAGGAGGAGAGCUCUUCAACAAAGUUGCUAAAGGAAAGCUAAAGGAGGAUGCAGCAAGGAAGUAUUUCCAGCAGCUUAUCAGUGCAGUGGACUUUUGUCACAGCAGAGGAGUUUAUCACAGAGAUCUGAAGCCAGAAAAUUUGCUUCUAGAUGAGAGCGGCAAUCUUAAAGUCUCAGACUUUGGAUUAAGUGCAGUUACUCAACAGCUGAGGCAAGAUGGUCUCUUGCAUACUACUUGUGGUACUCCUGCAUAUGUUGCCCCUGAGGUGAUCACUAGAAAAGGCUAUGAUGGUGCCAAGGCAGAUGUAUGGUCAUGUGGGGUUAUUCUAUUUGUUUUGAUGGCUGGUUAUCUGCCUUUUCAUGAUCCCAAUCUGAUGGUCAUGUAUAAUAAAAUCUGCAAGGGAGAAUUCAAAUGCCCAUCUUGGUUUUCAUAUGAUGUUAGAAGGCUAUUGAACAAGUUGUUAGAUCCCAAUCCGAAGACCCGGAUCACUAUUCCCCAGUUGAUGGAAGUUCCAUGGUUCAGAAAGAAUUUCAAGCCUGUGCAUUUUGAGAUAGAGGAUGAUGACCUUGUCAGCAGCAGUUUUGAUGAAGUGAGCUCCGAGAUGAGUCAGAAUUCAUCCCCUGACAACACCCCUGUAAAGAAGCCAGCAAGCUUAAAUGCAUUUGAUAUCAUUUCUUUUUCUCGUGGCUUUGAUCUAUCACGUCUGUUUGAAGAGAAAAACGUUGCGAAAAGUGAGAAGCGCUUCACAUCUACUCAGUCAUUUUCUAAUAUAAGCUCAAAGCUUGAGGAAGCAGCUAAGCUUUUGAACUUUAAUGUGAAGAAAACAGAUUGCAAAAUCAAGAUGCAGGGAAAUAAGAAUGGCAGGAAAGGGAAUUUGGUAGUUGCUACAGAGAUUUUUGAAGUGACACCUUCAUUCUUUGUAGUGGAGUUGAGAAAAGCCUGUGGUGACACCAUAGAAUAUGAGAAAUUCUGUAAUCAGGAGCUCAAACCUGCUCUCAAAGACAUUGUGUGGGUUUGGCAAGAUGAUGAUCAGUAGUUUGGGUCAUGCUAUUUUCAAGUAUCUGCAUGUUCUUGUGUCAGGCCGUGCUGGUGGAGCUUGGAUUUGUUAUUAUAGCCAGGUUAAAAAUGCUUUGGAAUGCUAUGCCUAAACGUUCCACAGAGCUCUGUUUUUAACAAAAAAAAGUUUGUGAAUACUACUUUGAGGAAAUUUGAAUAGUAAUUUACAAAUUGAAAGCUGUAUAGGCUAGCUUUUUGUUGUUCAUAAUUUCAAUGCUUCCUGUCCAUUCUAUUGGCGUGAUUGUUAACCUGGAAACAGCUCCUGCUCUGUUUGUUGUUUUCAUGGUUCAUUCCCACUUGUAUUUACCUGAAGUUCUCUUCUAUGAUUUUUUUGAAUGAUUAAAGAGUGGCUCCUUUUGUGUGAA